CCGCGGCUAUCGCUUCGUGUACUCGCUCGCACGCUCACGCAUAUACGAGUGCGUGCGAGUGCUGUCGGCCAGUGCCUCUCAUUACGAAUCUUAACGCGCCUUUACGUAGCGGGAUCGCGACUACGUGUGUAUUCUUUCACGCUUCAUCGAGCGCGAUGGUAUAUGCGAACCUAUUGCACCUAUUAUGCACCUGGGGCUGAGGGGAUAAAACCCCCUUUGUCAAGAAAUUCCGACGUAGGAAUACAGGCUUAAUAAGGGAGGCUUUAAUAAGGAUUAGCGGGUAUUACGUAUUAUAGACGAGACCUAUCACAGUCGUCGCAAACCGAUUAGUCAACUUAUUAUUACAAAAUUCAAAGAGGUUGGUGAGAUAAGAUUAUGCCAGUGCACGUCGGUUUCGUGUCUGGUGAAGACGAUGUGUAUCGUGCGCGAAAUUGUCAGAUACCGAUGAUGAUCCGUCGAAAUGAUCGAAUUUACGUUCUCCGUGCAAUCUGAGCGGCUCGUAAUGGCACACAAAACAUUUAGAACCUUAUUUAUUGCACUCGUCUUUCAAGUAGUCGUAAUUGAUGUUUCGGUGCAUUCUUCCGGCGAAUGCCCAUUGUUGUGCAACUGUGACAUUUGGUACGGAUUGCAGUACGCCUCAUGUAUCGGACGCCAUCUUUAUAAUAUUCACGCAGGUGUGCCAAACACCGUGCAAGCUUUGGAUUUGUCGAACAAUUCGAUAUCUAUUUUAAAUAAUUACGAAUUAGCGGAUGCAGGUUUGCUGAAGCUUAAAUAUCUCAAUCUUUCUAUGAAUGCAAUCAGUGAAAUCAGCUUAAACGCUUUCGAUGGAUUAUCCGAAUUGACAGUUCUCGAUUUAUCCCAGAAUCAUCUUUACUAUCUUUUGUCAGAUAUUUUUAUAUCAGCAAAGAAUUUGCGAAUUCUCCGACUGUCAAAAAAAUUUAAUUCUCAUAUACCGAAAUUGAAGUGUCCUUCGCUCACGGAUUUAAUUCUUAAUUCCUGUCAAAUUAGUCAUCUAUCGAUGGAUACGUUUGUCGGACUUUCGCAUCUUCGUAAUCUUGAUAUUUCAAAUAAUUUAUUAAUUCAAUUGGACAGCAUUGUCUUGGAGAGAUUGCAAUUUUUAAAAACAUUAUCAAUAGAAGGAAAUCUCUGGUCCUGUGAACUUACGCACGAUUUGCAAAUAUAUUUGACUCGUAGAAAUAUACAAUAUCGUCCAGUAUGCAUAAAAAAUUCAGAGCCAAAGAAAUUUGAGAAAAUGAUUGCCUACAAUCCACAUAAAUAUGAGAAGCAUCGUCCCUCGAUAACUUUGGAUUCAAACAUAAAAAGAAACACGAUUGCAACAAAGAAGCGUCCUGCACUCAUAUAUAAGAAUACGACUUGUGUUAACGCGACAAGCAAGACCAAUUUUACGAAAACACUAAAUGCUAUAUCGCCAUAUUGGUUCUUUGCAUUUGGAUUUUUACUCGGUAGCGCCUGCGGCAUGUUUAUGUGCUACAUUUGGCUCGCACAAAGGAUAUCUUGUUGCCGUGGCUAUCAUCGGCGAAGAGACAAUGAUACUCAAAGAAUUUCGUUAUUGCACAAUUUGUGGCAGUUUGAAGAUGCUGUCUUCCAUGAAGACACGAUAUCUUGUCCCGAUACUCCGCCACCGCCGUAUAAUGAAGUCAUAUUGCGACCGGGACUUUAUCGUAAUCCAUCCGACAACUUAAAUAAUAAUGCUGCCACAAACAGUACAGAAUAUAAUUAGAUUGUAAAUAUAACGUUAUAUUAUUUAUCGAUUUGUAAAGCGUCGUUGAUGCAUAAAUGGAACAUGCGAGAUAGCAGUUAUUGAUCAUAUUAUAUUGUUUAUAAAAAAAAUAAAUAUUGCAAAGUAA